GAUUUUGCUUGAAUUUUGCGUCUUUCAUGCAUUUUUUCAAAAAUGGAAGCCGCCAGUGUGGAAACCGGCGAUAAAAAUCAUCUAAAUAAUGUUUUAUCCGGCGAAGAAAUUGCCACCAUACCCAACACAAUUGCAAACAAGAUUAACUGCUAUAUCGACCAGAAAUUUGAGGAAUAUCUAACUUCAAAAGCCUUACAUGAAAGUAGUAAAUCACAGAUUGAUGACAAAUUUGCAACAACAAAAGCCAGUAUUAUUGAGUUUAAAACUAAAUAUGAAGAAACAGCAAAAAAAUUACUGGUUGCAGAAGAUACUAUCUCUAACUUUGAAAAACAGGUUGGAACACUCAAUACUGAAUUGGAAAGGGCUCGUGAUAAAAUAAGUAGACUAGAAAAUGAAAUUAUUACACUCAAGAGUGCCAGGGAUGCCGCAGUUGACGAAAGAAAUGACUUAACUCGCAUUUUAGAAAGAAGAGACAAAGAAAUUGAAAGAUUAACAUCAAAUGAAACAUCUCUAUCCCAGCAGCUUCGAGCUGCUAUUGACGCUAAAUGUGAAGCGCUCGCAUUAAAUGACGAAAUACAAAGUAAAGAACUAUCUCUACAGUACCGAGAAAAGCGAUUGGACCAAGAAAGAGUUCUUCUAAAUUCCCAAAUAGCAGGCUUGACUGAAGAAGUAAACAGACUAACCACAGAACUCCAAACCAUGAGACUGAAUAAUACAAGUAGGUUGGUAGGUUUGGAAACACAGUUGGCUGAAAAAAUUGAAGAACUAAAUGCUGCUAAUGAUACAAUUGCACAAUUAAAUGAGACCAAGAAAAAUCUUAACAAUAGAGCUGAAAAUUUAACACAACGAUUAUUGGAGCAAAGAGAAGUGGAAAAUAAAAUGUCUGAAAACUAUAAAAAGGAAUUAGAUGCUAAAACAAAACUUGCAGAUUUAUUUAAAACUAUGCAUGACGACGCUGAGGCUAAAACAACAGAGUUGUCAGAAGGGAUUACAGAGUUACAGAAACUUCUCAAUGAAGCUACAGAGAAGUAUGGAGAAUUGGAAACUAAAUAUAAGCAAGCUGAACAAGAUCAAGAAGAACUAUUGGAAAAGAAGAAUGAGAUAAUUUCCUCCUUGAAGAAUGAGUUAGAACAUGCCAAUGAUUUACUAAAAGCAGCUACACAGCAAAACUUAGAUAUGGCACUAGGUGACUUGGCACCAUCUGCUGCUACAGCUAGUAAACUCCUUAAAUCUGGCAUGUCUCUUACCCAGAUUUACUCCCAAUUGGUCAAAGUAACUGAUGAGCUUAGUCAAGAAAAAGAGGAGAACAGAAGGUUGAACAUAACAAUCAAUAAAAUUGUACAGGAGCUAGAAGAAAAGGUCCCAUUAUUACAAAAACAAAAGGCUGAGUAUGUUGAAGCAAUGGAGAGUAAUGCUGCUCUAACUCAACAAAUUGAUUCUUUGGUUAUAGAAUGUAACAGGCUCAGGGAUGAUUACAAUGAAUCUUCUAAGAUUGCUAAUCACUUUACUAGAGAAAACUCACGACUUAAAGGCGAACUUGCGGAUUUAGGGAGACAAGUCUGCUUUUUAUUAAAAGAGAUUGAACACAAUCGAGGUGCACUUGUUAAUGGUGACCACGAUGCAUCUAAUGCAAAUACAUCAUCAUCUGACACAAGUUCUUCAAGAAUUAUAUCAAAAACAUUAGUAACCUUCAGUGACAUUCAAGAAUUGCAGUCUAACAAUCAAAAACUUCUAAGAAUGAUUCGUGAAUUAACAGAUAAACAAGAAGAAUUAGAACGACACAAAGAGCAGUUUGAAAGUGGAGAAAUGGAAUCUAAAAUAGACGGAUUAAAACAAAGAGUAACAGAACUCACUGAAGCUCAAGAAAGACAGACUAAGAUGGUAAAUGGACUGAUUAGACAACGUGACAUGUUUAAAAAAUUAUACCACGAUUUAAUGAAAGGAAAACGCCAUGAAAUGUCUUCUGUUUUGGAUCCAUCUGAAUUAGAUAAAAAUGAAUCAAUGCAAAUGGAUGUUACCCCUGAAAGAACUUUUAAACAAACAAAUGUUGAGCCAUCUGCUUUCGAAAUAAAGUUCAAGGAAACAGAAAAGCAACUUGAACUUUUAAGAGAAGAAUAUAAAACAUAUAAGGAGGAAAAAGUAACGAAUGAACGAAUGUUAUUUGAUCAAAUAGAUAAUAUGAGACAAGAAAUUAGUAAAUUAACAGCUGCUAAUAGCAAAUGUGCUUCCACAUCAGAGUAUAAUAAUGAAAGACUAAAGAUAUUGCAAACCAAUAUUAACACAUAUAAAAAGCAAAUUUCAUCUUUAGAAGACAAAAACAAAGCAUACAGCUCAACAAUUGCUAAACACGAAGUAUCUUUGCAACAUCUCCGAGAUGAAAUACUUAACUCUCAGGGUAAACUAGCCGCUGCUGAGAUCCAAGUUGAAAAUUUGAAACUGGAAAAUAAAUUACUUAAAGAUACUGAGUUACGUUUGCAAACAGAAAAGGAAAUUGUUCAUCGUGAGCGCCAAGGACAAUCCAUUCUCUUGCAAAACUUAGAAUUAAUAAAAGCUAGUUUGGAGCGUGUUGAAGUAGAAAAUAAAGCUAAAAUAGAAUCUAGAUUAGAUGAAGCAACUCGUGAAUGUUCCGCUUUAAGAAGAAGGCUCCAAGAGGAACAAGAUCGAUUCCGAGAAUUAGCGUCACAUCUAGAGAGACAAACAGACAUUGCAAAAUCUCGUAUGCAAGAAGAAAAAGAUGCUGCUGAUUUAAUGAGAAAAGAAAUUCAACAACUUAGAGAUGAUCUUGUUGAGAAAGGUAAAAAUAAUGAAGAACUAACAAAGAAACUCAAGAUGUCGCUUGCUCCAUGUUCUGAUCAAUCACUGGAUGCUAUUAAAAAAAUUAAAGAACUUGAAAUUAAGCUGACUGAGAAAACUGAUGAAAUAAAAGCACUUCUUGAACAGCUGGCUACUGCAAAAGAGCAUAUUAAGCAGUACUGUGAUAUAUCUGAAGGUGCUGAAAAGGAGCUUAAAAUCUUACAUAAGGAGUAUGAAGAUUAUAAAUCUGAAACAGAGGUCAAAUUAUCUGACAAUGCUCAAAGAUUAAAACAACUUGAAGACAAAUGCUCCGAAUUGGAAGCUGAAAUAUCUCUACAGUCUAAUGGUGACUCAUCUAAUACAAGCAGUGCCGUUAACAAUGAGCUCCUUAGAGUAAAAGAAGAAUUAAAGAAUGCGUUGGCAAACUUUGAUAAAUGCCGAGAAGAACUAGACAGCGCACGCUCUGAAGUAGCGAAUCUCUCUGAAGCUGUCCAAAAGGCAGAAGAAAAAUACACUCACGAAAUGAUACUACAUUCAACAGAUAUACAGACAUUAUCACAAGUCAAAGAGGAUUUAUUGCGCGCUCAGAACCAACUUAAUGAAAUGGUUGCUAUGAAAAACAGCACUUUAGAAAAAUUGGAAACUGAAAAAUUGGCAUGGAUUGAUAGAGAGAAGAUAUUAUUAAAAGAAAAUGAGCAACUUGCAGAAAGACUGAAAGAUCUGAACUCACAAAACUCUUUAUUACAUGACCAAAUACAAGCAUUAGGUACGCAGUUAUCAGUUAGUCAUGCCUCUAGAUCACAAUCAGAAAGUAUGAUUGUUAAUGACUCUGCAAAUGAUUCUAGUAUUAAUGUUUCUGUGAGUGAAGACGAUGGAAAAUCUUCCGAACAAUUAUUCCAAAUAGUUAAAUUCCUUAGAAAAGAAAAAGACAUUGCAAUGGCGAAGUUUGAUAUUUUGCAAGCUGAAACAAUGCGACUUCGAUCUCAGCUAGAAAUCACAGAAAAACAACUUGACGAUUGCAAAUUAACAUUGGCCUCUGAGAGAGAGAAGUCUGAAGUAAAUAUGGUAACAGUGAACAGACAGUCAGAUAUUUUAAGGAAAGUAGAAACUUUAAAUGCUUUGACAGAUAGCAAUAGGAUUUUACGAGAAGAGAGAGAUACUCUGACUACACGCGUUGAAGAAUUAACAAACCUUGUGAGAUCUUUAGAAGAACAACUUACUCCACUGCAAGAAAAAAUAAGCGACAUUUCAUCGCAAAAUGAAACUUUACAGUCUGAGAACACCUCGUUAAAAGCUGAUUGCGCUAGGUGGAGGACAAGGGUUAAUGCAUUGGUCGAACGAGCUAAUAAGACUAGCCCAGAGGAUUGGAAGCGCCUACAAAACGAGCGCGAAACAUUGGCAAAAAUGCUUACAAACGAAAAAGAAUCUGUCAAAAAGGUUCACGACGAGCUAAGCUUAAUUAAGAUAGAGAAAAGUAAGAUAGAAGAACAGUACACCUUGCUAUCGAGACAACAGAACAGUUUAAUAGAAGAAAACAAGAAAUUAAACGAAGAACUUCACACACUUAAGGAUGACAUGGCACGGUUAACAGAAGAGUUAACAAGAAUUAAAUCUGAACACAAUUCCUUGACAGAGCUACAUAACAAACUAACUGAGGAACUUUCUAGUAAGGAUGCUUCUUUGGCUGAUAUAAGAAAUAAAGAGUUACAAAUCCGUAAAAUUGCUAAGAAGUACAAGGGCCAAUAUGAAGAACUUGUUAAAACAGUAGAAGAAGAGAAAAAAAAGACCGAAGGCGAUGCAGCUGCUGGCGCGGCUUUGGCUGAAAGCUCAAAGAAAAUCGAAGAGGAACUUAACGAAAUCAAAGCACAGCUAGAAGCAGAAAAAAGUAAUAAUGAUAAACUGAAACAAGAACUUGAGACGCUACGAACUGCUAACACUGAUAAAGAGGAAAAAGCAAAACAAGUACUCAAACAGGCUAAGAGUAAAAUAGUUCAGCUGACGGAACUGAAGAAUAAUCUAAGCAGAGAAUUAGAUGAGUCGCGUAGCAAAAUUGAUUCGAUAGAGCAGGCAACUCGAGGAGAGCAAGAUGUUAGGCUAGCGCUCAUAAAGUCGCAGUAUGAAGGACGCUUAUCGAGGUUAGAAAAGGAACGAGGAGAAGUACAAGCCGAAAAGAGCAGGGAAGUUGAGGCGCUUCUGCAAAAAGUGAAUAUGUUGCAAAGACAAUUGGCUAAUCAGUCCUCGGGUUCCAAACAGCAAACAACUACAGAAAAGACUACAACCGACCCCCCUACUGCUAACAUCAAACCAAUGGCUGGCGUAGCGCAGCAGAGCGUAUCGGCCAGCCGGCGCGGAGGGGAAACGCCACUGGCCUCAAUCAGGCCGAUGGCGCAGGUUGGCCCGACCGCACCACACGACGCACACAGCACCGAGUACAUGCCGGCGUCUUCUUCGAGACCGCUGCCACGCGCUAUAUCCGCCGCCUCCGCAGCACCGCCAGAGUCUACACAGGAUAUGGACACAAGUGAAGCUGGAAUGGGAAGCUCGGGCACUAGCGACAGCACUGCACAAUCCUCAUCCCAUUCUCAACCACCACAGCAGGCCGUAGCGCUGGUGAUGCCACGUAUCGAGCAGCCGAGCGGUGCGAGCGCCGCGCCCGCUGCGAGCUCCGCGCAGCCGCAGCCCGCGCCCGCCGCACAGCCGCCCGCGCCGCCUUCCACGCCCGGUGCGGGAGCGACGUCGGCGUCACCGUCGGGAAGCCAGUCGGGUGUGAGCACGUCGCACGCGGCGCCGUUAGUCAGCACAUCGCAGACACCGCCCGGUGUCAGCACGUCGCACACGACCGGCGUGACCACGACGCACAGUGCGCCCGGUGUGAGCACGUCACACACUGCGGCCGGCGUGAGCACGUCGGCGGCGGCAGCUGGCCCUGGCGUCAGCACGUCGCAGGGCGCAGCGGGUCCCGGCGUGAGCACGUCGCAGGGAGCGGCGGGCCCGGGUGUGAGCACCUCAGCUGCGGCACCCGGAGUUAGCACCUCCCAUCCGCCGCCGGGCGACGCGCGCCCGCAGAAGCGACGCCUGCAAUCCCGACCAGUUACCGCUAAGAGAACAAGGGUACAGGGCUUCGAAAGAUCUGUGGAGGUAGAAUAUCAAGUGCCGACGUCGUCGCGUUGCGAUCAGGACGACGAGGGUGUUAUUGUCGUCGACUCCGAAGAAGAUGACGAGAGAUGUACAGGAACCAUGUAUAGGGAAGGAGAGGAGGAUGAGGAGGACAUGGAGGAGGAGCAGGAGGUGGAGGGUGAGGAAGAGGAGGAAGCCGAGGCCGACGACAGCGAAAAUGUACCGCCGCAGGAGUCCCCGGCUCAGUCGCCGGAGGCAGGCGAGGCGGCGAUGGGUGAGGAGGCGGGCGAGGGCGCGGACAUCGAGGCGCCGCCCGCCCCGCACCAGCAGAUUGAGGCCAUCAGCAGCGGCACGGAACCGAGCGGUGCUUUGUCGCUGGGUGGCAGCGGCGGCGACGACGCCGACGACAGCAUCGUGCCGUCCACACCCACUCUCUACGUCCCAAGACGUAACGACGGUUUCGGCGAGGCGGUAGUGUCGCCGGUGGGCGGUGUGGGCGGAGCGGGCGCGGCGGCGGAGGGUGGUGCGCGGUUCACGUUCGCCGAGGCGGGCGGCGCCGCCAGCCACCACGACACGCAUCCCGACCUCGCUGCGGCGUUACCGCCCGCGCACCCGCCGCAGAGGCCCGAGGGAGAGGGGCAGGAGUGGGAGGAGUCGAGGGGCGAGGAGGAGUCGGCGGCAGUCAGCUCGCAGGGAAGUGAGCCCUCCUCACCGCAACAGGUGGCGGAAGAAGGUCGCGAGGCUGAGGCGAGCGCGGCGCCGCGUCGCGCGCCCCCCACUCCGCAAACCCCGCACUCGCCCCACCAGCGGUGGAUGCGCGCAGCAGACAGCGACAGCGGCGCGCGCGGGCGCGGCAUGCGGCGCGGCCGGCCGAGUCGCCGCUCGCACUACAUGCGGUACUGAGCGGCCGCCUGGCUAUGAUGAUGGGUACGGUCAGCAACAGUUCACCGCAGGUCGAGGUUCUCUAAGAAGCGCUGUUAUGUCACGCCUGACGCCGCGCCAAUUAACUUAAGUAUUUAGUUAUGUCCACGAGUGCUAAAAGCUACAUCCAAUGAUUCAGUAUGGUCCACAACUUUUGCUGACUGCACCGUGCUGCGAUAUUCCAUUACGUAUAGAUACUAGAAUUAGAAUAACAGAACUAUAAUAUAUGUUGUAACUUGUAUUUUAUGACCUAAAAUACUAUAGUUAUUCAGUGCGUACUUUUAAGAUGCGCUCUAUUAGGUACUUAUACCAAUGCGUAUGACGAUUUGUCCUAAAACUUUGUGGUGAUACAUCUUAUUGUUGCUCAAAGUAGGCAAAAAUUUAAUUGCUUAAUAGCUGCUUAAUAGCUGCUGACUGCUGAAUGUUUAAGUACAGUCUACAGAUUAAUGUUUGACUGAUAAAAAUAUGUAGAUUAACCUCUGUCACAGUAUAGCAAUAUUAGUCCCUACAGUAACGAAACGCCUUUGAU